CGCUGCAGCAGGAGUGGACAUGAACGCUGGUUUUCAAAGAGAACAGCGUUUUAGUUUCGGCCACCGAAAGUGGUGUCUGCAGCACAGAAGAGCGUGAUUCCCCCUCUGUGGCUUCUGAUCUCCAUCACGGGACUACAGGGGAGAAGAGGGCGGAGUCCCCUCAGCUUCCAGCGUGGCUUCUCUCGUGCCGGGACCAGGGAUGACUGGGCCAUGCACAUGGACCUCUCCAGCCUUCAACGGUUUGCAUAGCACAGCGGGGACUCAUGGGGGGCCACUUGCCACUGCCAACUGAAACAAUACAAUGGCCGCAUUGACAUUCUCCGUGACGUUUCCACGCCAGACAUUCAGGCAGAAAGUGCUGGCGCGUUUUCUGUCUGCAAAGUAGAGGGCCAUGCCUCACCCAGGUGAACAGCUUGGGCCCUGAUGACCUGGUCCGAGUCCACUCACAGCCAGUGACACUUGCAAAAACACCUCCCAGAGCCACUGGGGCUUGGCUUAUGUAGCUCUUGACCAAUGUGGCCACAGCCAGACGCUUCCUUGGGACACUUGGAUUAUUCGUGAAUGCAGCCUGCCCUGGCCCUCCCUGAAUAGCAUCUGACAUCUCCUUGGAGGUCAUGGAUCCUGAACAAAGUGUCAAGGGCACUAAGAAGGUGGAGGGAAGUCCCCGGAAGCGGCUGACCAAAGGAGAGGCCGUCCAGACCAGUGUUGCGUCCAGCACCCAGUACCCAGGCAGCAGCACGGCCCCCACCCAGGAGGGGCCCCUGCAAGAGCUCCUAGCCCCGCAGCCUUUCCCGGGCCCCUCACCAGUUCUUAGGGAAGGCUCUCAGGAGAAAACGGGCCCACAGCAGAAGCCCCCCAAGAGAUCCUCCAUCGAAGCCUCUGUCCACCUCUCGCAGCUGCCGCAGCACCCUCUAACACCAGCAUUCAUGUCGCCCGGCAAACCUGAGCACCUCCUGGAGGGGUCCACGUGGCAGCUGGUCGACCCCAUGAGACCCGGGCCGUCGGGCUCCUUCGUGACCCCCGGGCUCCACCCUCAGAGCCAGCUCCUCCCUUCCCAUGCUUCCAUCCUCCCCGCCGAGGACAUGCCGGGCAUCCCCAAAGUCUUUGUGCCCCGGCCCUCCCAGGUCUCCUUGAAGCCCACAGAAGAGGCCCACAAGAAGGAGAGGAAACCACAGAAGCCAGGCAAGUACAUCUGUCAGUACUGCAGCCGGCCCUGCGCCAAGCCCAGCGUGCUCCAGAAACACAUCCGCUCUCACACGGGAGAAAGGCCCUACCCCUGUGGCCCCUGCGGCUUCUCCUUCAAGACGAAGAGCAACCUCUACAAGCACAGGAAGUCCCAUGCCCACCGCAUCAAAGCCGGACUGGCCUCAGGUAUGGGCAGUGAGAUGUAUCCCCCAGGGCUGGAGAUGGAGAGGAUCCCCGGGGAGGAGUUUGAGGAACCCACGGAGGGAGAAAGCACAGACUCAGAAGAGGAAACGGGCACCGCGUCCACUCACCCCACAGGGCUCUCCCCUCGGCCUAAGCACCCCCUCCUGUCCAGCGGCUUGUACAGCUCCGGAAGCCACGGGUCCAGCCACGAACGCUGUUCCUUGUCCCAGUCCAGCACAGCCCCAUCGCUUGAGGACCCCACUCAGUUUUCUGAACCCUCAUCUGAACCCUCCCUGAGCCAUAAACCCGAAGACACUCACACUAUCAAGCAAAAGCUGGCCCUCCGUUUAAGUGAGAGGAAGAAGGUGAUGGACGAGCAGGCGUUUCUGAGCCCAGGGAGCAAAGGAAGCACGGAGUCGGGGUACUUCUCCCGCUCCGAGAGCGCCGAGCAGCAGGUCAGCCCCCCAAACACCAACGCCAGGUCCUACACCGAGAUCAUCUUCGGCAAGUGCGGGCGGAUCGGGCAGCGGACCUCCAUGCUGACGGCCACCUCCGCCCAGCCCCUGCUCCCCCUGUCCACCGAAGACAAGCCCAGCCUGGUGCCUUUGUCUGUGCCCCGGACGCAGGUGAUCGAACACAUCACCAAGCUCAUCACCAUCAACGAGGCGGUGGUCGACACCAGCGAGAUAGACAGUGUGAAGCCAAGGAGGAGCUCGCUGUCCCGGCGCAGCAGCAUGGAGUCCCCCAAAUCCAGCCUCUUCCGGGACCCGGCCCACAGUGAGAAAGCAAAACCGGAACAAUCACUGCUGAGCCUCCAGCACCCGCCCAGCACCACUCCCCCCGUGCCUCUGCUGAGAAGCCACUCGAUGCCUUCUGCCGCCUGCACCCUCAGCACCCCACAUCCCACCUUCCGGGGGAGCUACUCCUUCGAUGACCACGUCACCGACUCGGAAGCCCUGAGCCACAGCAGUCAAGCGUUUACCUCCCACCCGCGGAUGCUCAAGCGCCAGCCGGCCAUCGAACUACCUUUGGGGGGAGAGUACAGUUCCGAGGAGCCAGGGCCAAGUAGCAAAGACACCGCCUCCAAACCCGCAGACGAACCGGAGCCCAAGGAGAGCGAACUCAGCAAAAAGACCAAGAAGGGUUUGAAAACAAAAGGGGUGAUCUAUGAAUGUAACAUCUGUGGUGCUCGGUACAAGAAAAGGGACAACUAUGAAGCCCAUAAAAAAUACUACUGCUCAGAGCUCCAGAUCGCAAAGCCCGUCUCUGCCGGUGCUCACCCGUCUUCAGAAACCGAAAAGAGUCAGGCGGAGCAUGAGCCCUGGUCCCAGAUGAUGCAUUAUAAACUGGGCACCACCUUGGAGCUCACUCCGCUGAGGAAGAGGAGAAAAGAGAAGAGUCUCGGGGACGAAGAAGAGCCGCCGGCCUUCGAGUCGACAAAAAGCCAGUUUGGCAGCCCCAGGUUACCGGACACUGCACGGAACCUGCCCCUGGAGUCCACCAAGUCACCAGCAGAACCAAGUAAGUCAGUGCCCUCCCUGGAGGGACCCCCGGGCUUCCAACCAAGGACUCCCAAGCCAGGGUCCGGCUCAGAAUCAGGGAAAGAGAGGAGAACAACGUCCAAAGAAAUUUCUGUCAUCCAGCACACCAGCUCCUUUGAGAAGUCCGAUUCUCUGGAGCAGCCCAGUGGCUUGGAAGGGGAAGACAAGUCUCCAGCCCCAUUCUCGUCGCCCCCACCCACCCCACAUGGACGCCCAGCUCAUUCCCUGCAGCCCAAAUUGGUCCGCCAACCCAACAUUCAGGUUCCCGAGAUCCUGGUGACGGAGGAACCCGACCGGCCGGACACAGAGCCUGAACCGCCCCCCAAGGAACCCGAGAAGACAGAGGAGUUCCAGUGGCCCCAGCGCAGCCAGACGCUUGCCCAGCUCCCAGCUGAGAAGCUGCCACCCAAGAAGAAGAGACUACGCCUAGCGGAGAUGGCCCAGUCGUCGGGAGAGUCCAGCUUUGAGUCCCCUGCGCCUCUGUCUCGCAGCCCAAGCCAGGAGAGCGGCGUCUCUCUGAGCGGCUCCAGCCGCUCAGCCUCAUUUGACAGGGAUGACCAUGGCAAAGCAGAUGCCCCCGGGCCCUCUUCAGACACACGCUCCCAGCUCCUGGGCUCCCACAUGUUGACUGUCCCCAGCCACCACACGCACCCCCGAGAGAUGCGGAGGUCAGCCUCAGAGCAGAGUCCCAACGUUUCCCAUCUCACCCACAUGACUGAGACGCGCAGCAAAUCAUUUGACUAUGGCAGCCUGUCCUCCACAGGCCCUCCGGCGCCAGCCCCAGCGGCCCCAGCAGCACCCGCCGCCCCGCCAGAAAGAAGAAAAUGCUUCUUGGUGAGACAGGCUUCUCUGAGCCGCCCUCCAGAAACCGACCUGGAGACCGCCCCCAAGGCAAGACAGGAGAGUGAGGAACCGAAGCCCUCAUCCAGCAAACCUUUAACCAAAAGCUCACUACCCCAGAUUCCCUCAGCGGCCACCUCACACAGUGGGCACCCAGGAGGCAAGGGCCAGGUGCAGGACCUGCCCCCACUGGGCACCACUCCACCCUACACAGAAGCUCUGCAGGUGUUCCACCACCCCAUGGCUCAGCUCCCCCUCCAUGAGAAGCCACAUCUGCCCCCACCUGUCUCCCUCUUCUCCUUCCAGCACCUUUUGCAGCAUGAGCCAGGACAGUCUUCAGAAUUCUUCUCCACACAGGCCAUGUCUAGCCUCCUUUCCUCGCCGUACUCUAUGCCCCCACUUCCUCCCUCUUUAUUUCAAGCCCCACCACUUCCUCUCCAGCCUACUGUUCUGCACCCAGGCCAACUCCAUCUUCCCCAGCUCAUGCCUCACCCAGCCAGCAUCCCCUUUCGGCAGCCCCCUUCAUUUCUUCCCAUGCCAUACCCUACCUCCUCAGCACUCUCUUCUGGAUUUUUCCUGCCUCUGCAAUCCCAGUUUACCCUUCAGGUCCCUGGUGAUGUAGAAAGUCAUCUUCCCCAGAUUAAAGCUAGUCUGGACCCACUGGCAACAGGAACUGCUGGUCUGUCUCCCAGCACAGAGUACAGCAGUGAUGUUCAGCUGCCCCCUGUGACUCCCCCAGCUAGCUCCUCAGCUCCCACAUCAGCCCCUCUGCUGACCCUACCAGCCUGUCCAGACACCAUGGUGUCCCUGGUUGUGCCUGUCCGCAUUCAGACCAACAUGCCAUCCUACGGGAGUGCCAUGUACACCACCCUCUCCCAGAUCCUGGUCACCCAGUCCCAAGGCAAUGCAGCAACCAUGGCUCUUCCCAAAUUUGAGGAACUGCCAUGCAAAGGGACUGUGUGUGGGACAGAUGUGUAUGAGGUUGGGCCCGGCCCAGCUGGGGCCAGUGAAGAGAAAAGCAGAGGUUUCCUAACUCCAUACCUGAGAGUGCCUGAACGGAAAGGCACUUCUCUGACAACAGAUAGUGCAUUGAGCCUGGAGGGGAGUUCAUCAACUGUGGGGGGAAGCAAACGUGUCCUUUCACCAGCUGGCAGUCUUGAGCUAACGAUGGAAACCCAGCAGCAAAAAAGAGUUAAGGAAGAGGAAGCUUCCACGGCAGAUGAAAAAUUAGAGCUGGUAAAACCAUGCAGUGUGGUGCUUACCAGCACUGAAGAUGGCAAGAGGCCAGAGAAAACCCACGUGGCCAGCCAAGGCCAGGGAAGGAAGGAGCUAGAAAUGCUGUCCAGCCUAUCCUCAGAUCCCUCUGACCCCAAGGAAAUUCCUCCCCUUAGUCGACCCCUGUUGACCCAUGUGACAACCCCAGGUUCAGAGACUUUGAAAGACUAUGCCCAGCCAUCUGGUAAACCUCACCGGAGGGGAUUGCCUGCCCUGAGUGUGAAGAAAGAAGAUUCCAAGGAACAACUUGACCUCCCUCCACUGGCACCUCCCAGCUUGCCGCCUCUGUCUGAAACAUCCCCCAGACCAGCCAAGUCACAAGAAGGUACGGACUCAAAGAAGGUACUGCAGUUCCCCAGCCUCCACACGACCACUAAUGUCAGUUGGUGCUAUUUAAACUACAUUAAGCCAAAUCACAUCCAGCAUGCAGAUAGGAGGUCCUCUGUUUACGCUGGUUGGUGCAUAAGUUUGUACAACCCCAACCUUCCGGGGGUUUCCACUAAAGCUGCUUUGUCCCUCCUGAGGUCUAAGCAGAAGGUGAGCAAAGAGACAUACACCAUGGCCACAGCUCCGCAUCCUGAGACAGGAAGGCUUGUGCCAUCCAGCUCCCGCAAGCCCCGCAUGACAGAGGUUCACCUCCCUUCGCUGGUUUCCCCAGAAGGCCAGAAAGAUAUAGCUAGAGUGGAAAAGGAAGAAGAGAAGCGAGGGAAGCCGGAGGAGGACACUCCUGCCUCCAAGAGAGGGGAGCCCACGAGGAUCAAAAUCUUCGAAGGAGGGUACAAAUCAAACGAAGAGUAUGUAUAUGUGCGAGGCCGUGGCCGAGGGAAAUAUGUUUGUGAGGAGUGUGGAAUUCGCUGCAAGAAGCCCAGCAUGCUGAAGAAACACAUCCGCACCCACACUGACGUCCGGCCCUAUGUGUGCAAGCACUGUCACUUUGCUUUUAAAACCAAAGGGAAUCUGACUAAGCACAUGAAGUCGAAGGCCCAUAGCAAAAAGUGCCAAGAGAUGGGGGUGCUGGAGGAGCUGGAAGCCGAAGAAGGAACCAGUGACGACCCAUUCCAGGACUUGGAAGGGCGAGAGGGCUCAGAGGCCGUGGCCGAACACCAGUUUUCAGACCUGGAGGACUCGGACUCAGAUUCAGACCUGGACGAAGAUGAGGAUGAGGAGGAAGAGGAGAGCCAGGACGAGCCUUCUGGAACGUCCAUGGAGGUGCCUCGACCAGGCCCACCAGACUCCUCGCCUGCUCAGGGCCCUCGGCCCCCAGACAGCGCCUCUGGUGACCAGGCCACUCAGGGCAGCUCGGUCUCAGAAGUCAAGCACUCGGUAGCUGGCAGUUGCUCCCCAUCCAGCCAAAGCAUCCUGUGCCUCCCCCGGCCGGGACUGGCCCCUUCAGGCCCCACGGAGAAGGACACAGGCUUGGCCCUGAGCCCCAAGACGACGUCCCCAAGAGGGUCGUGGUCCCCAAGCAAAGAAACGGCCAGCCGCCCACCGCUUAUCCACAAACACUCACUAACCAAGAGCGACACGUCUCCCCAGCGAUAUUCACCGGCCCGAGAGUCACAGGCCGCAGCCCCAAGCCCUCCUGGCACCCAGACACGGCCUCAUCCUUGUGGAGCUCCAAGACUUGAGCUAUCUCCGCUCACCUGCCGCCCCCCAGGAAGGCAUCUACCCCCUGAAUGCGAGAGUGCCACAGACCCAGGCCCCCCCAGAUACUCGCCCACCAGGAGAUGGUCUCCGGGCCAGACUGAGUCACCACCGCUGUCAGCGCUGCCAGGAAAGUGGACCUCGGCCGGGCCCAGCAGCCCCUCGGCGGGUGAGCCUGGCCCAGGCUCAGGGCUGGCCCCGCGGGCUCUGUUCCUGCCCGCGCCUCUACCUCACAAGCUCCUUGGCAGAAGCCCCGAGACCUGCACCCCCACGUGGCAGAAGGCCGAGUCCCGAAGUCCCUCCUGCUCACCUGGCCCUGCUCAUCCUCUCUCCUCCCGAACCUUCUCCGCCCCCCAUGACUUCCACGGCCACUCCCCAUCCCGGACAGAGGAGAACAUCUUCAGCCACCUCCCUCUGCACUCCCAGCACUUGGCCCGUGCCCCGUGCCCCUUGAUUCCCAUCGGUGGGAUCCAGAUGGUGCAGGCCCGGCCGGGGGCCCACCCUGCCCUGCUGCCGGGCCCCGCUGCGGCCUGGGUCAGCGGCUUCUCAGGGGGCGGCAGCGACCUAACAGGGGCCCGGGAGGCCCAGGAGCGAGGCCGCUGGAGUCCCACCGAGAGCUCGUCUGCCUCCGUGUCCCCCGUGGCUAAGGUCUCCAAGUUCACACUCUCCUCGGAGCUGGAGGACAGGGACUACCCCAAGGAGAGAGAGAGGACUAGCAGGAGCCUGGGCAGGCCUCCUGACUGGGGGCCCCGUGUGGCUGAGGUGCCCACAGAGCCCACACACAGACCCUGUACCCCGCCCGAGGCCUUGGCCUGGCCACCCCAGGGCCACCGGCCAGCGUCCUGGAGCCCCCGCUUGGAGUCACCACACACGGCGGCUCACCCCAAGGCCUCUGCCGUCCCACCGCUGGACCGAAGCAGUUCCGUGGGCUGCCUGGCCGAGGCUGCCACUCGCUUCCCUGCCCGGAGGAGGAGGAACCUCUCUGGGGAACCCAGGACCAGUCAGGGCUCCCCGGAGCCCUCAGGAAGUGGGGAGCUUGGGGCAUCUCCGCGCCAGCCAGAGGGUAGGGGCUCCCCAAACACGUAGCCUCUCUCCGGCCCCUUCAGCUUCUGGCUUCCGGUGUUCAGCAACAGACGUUUCCAGACAACUUCCUGAAUUCGCCUUGCUCCCGUGAGCGCCUUCUGCCACCUGUCCAUCUGUCCACCUGUCCAGGCAGCCUCUGCUCAGCCCUCAUCUGUGACGUCGUUCCACGUAUGCAGUUACCUGUGCCUUUUCUAUACUUUCUGUUGCUUGAAAAGAAACAAAACACAUCACACACAUGCAAAAGAACCCACAAGAGUUUAAGGCUGUGAAUAUUUUGUGCUUUUUUGAAAAAGGAUGUAGGUGGUGGCCACUGCCCUCCAAGGCUGGCCAGAGGCAGCCCAUCACAGAGGGAAAGGGCAUGCACUAAGGGAGGAAAAAAGCAAGAAUUUUAAAAUAUAUAUCAUUAAAUAUAAACGCAAGCUCUCCUAUGUACAGAUCUUCAUGGUUCCUAUUUAUUGUUGCUUUACCCCACCCUGGCUAGUAGUCAGCCCUGUCACCAGCCCAGAAAGCCCAGUGGCCCCAGGCAGAGGGACAUGGACCAGGCAGGAAGACCCCACUCACCUGUAUGGACAGGCUCAGAAAGAUCCAACUUUCCCCCAAGAACAAGAAAAUGUUGCCUUCCCAGGACUUCAUCACAAAUAAGAGAUGCAGGUAGAAGGUGGGACCUGGCUGCCUGCCUCAGGGCUCCCACAUGGCCGGUGUCUGAGUCAGGACCCACCUGGCGCUGGGCCAGUGGGUGCCCAGAUCCCACCCGUGACUGCACACGGCACCCCUGCUCCUCGCCCCAGCUGGGAAAGGAGCCCUCGGUUCAUCUCCUGGUUCCUGAGCUUGCCACAGGCCAUGCUCCCUGUUCUAGAAGCAGCCCGCAGGGCUGACGCGGCCGGAUCCAGGCCCGGGGUGCGCAGCUCAAGGUGCAAAGCGUGGCCGUGCCAGAGGCCAAGGCUCAGCUUUCAUGCUCGGUCCCUGGGGUCGAAAGGGCUGUUUCCUCUUUGCUGGACGUUUGCAGGGAUCUCAGUCCCUUUUGUACAGCAGGACUGGCCCCCUCGACCCCACACACACUGUCCCAAGGAUGUCCUGACACCAUGCCUGGUAGGACCCUCUUGUGCCUGUUUGUGGGCUUAAAUCUCAUUAAAAAAAUAAAAGGCAAGAGAGAGGGAGGGCUAAGAUGAUGUUUAUACUUGUCCCAGGCCCCUCGGAUUCGCUGGACCUAGAGAAUUAUUUCAUAGUCCUGAGCAAUUUGAAUUCUUCUGUAAAGCCACCCAGACCAGCCUGUCUCCUUCCACAUCCCCCUCUCCACCUUCGAGAAGUUUCCCAGCAUUUCCUGGGGUGAAAACUCCUUUGUAAGAAAAAUUAUAGGCCCAGAAAUGAACACCCCAAGCGUAUUUACCCUGCUGAGGGAGAAGUGGGAUUAUCCCCAAACUUCCGGAAAUUAUAUUCUUUGUCCUACAGGGGAGAAAGCACAGGGACCACGUGAGCCCACCCAGACCGGGAGCUGAUGCCACUCUCUGGCCACGGGGCCUCCGGAGCCAACUCUGGGCCUCCACUGGGUGGUACUACACCUGCCUUGCGGGCGCUUCUGACUGUUGAUGCUGUCAGCCAGGACGUAAGAAAGCGGGGAGGGCAGGGGUGCUUCCAGGGGUCUCUGGUCCUAACUCCGCCUCCUGCUAGUUCAGGACUCCCCCUGCUCCGCACCUGCUGGGUAGCCAAAUUGGCCACAGGUCCGGUCUUCAGCCAGACCACCUGUUCACUUCCUUUAACCUCUCUUAGAGCUAAGCCGAGAGAGAGGAGGGUGAUGGGAAGGGGCCCCAGGGGGCGGCGGGGCUCCAGGUUGCUCAAUGGGCUUAGCCAGCUGUUCCUGGCUCUCUGACCCAACCUCUAGGACCUGCACCCAUCCUGCAGCAAGUCCUGCCUCAACCAUAUUGGCACUCCCUGGCUGGGAGGAAGUGGGGAGGAGCCUGAGCUUCCCCUCCCCUGGCCUUCCAGCCCUGGCCUACUGGGCUGCCCAGUACUGGGUACCCCAAGCCCUGGCACCUGGCUGCUAGACUGAGGGCAUUGCUUCAGCCCAGGUUUGUAAUACUCUGGGCAAGAUCUUCCAGCCUCAGACCUAUAAAGCAGCAGGCUGGGCAUCUGCUGGACCAGCCCCUCACCUUGAGGGUGAUCAUGCCCCUCCGCCUGGCCCUGCACCUCCUGGACGUGGGUUCCCUGUACUCCCUCCUGGGAAACCUAGUCAUCCUAGGCCGCAGGGAGAAAUCCUCAUGGUCACUGGGGCCCACGGGCACAAGCAGGGGUAGCAGAGGCGGGAGUCGCUGGAGAGACAGGGACACACCGCGUGGGUGUGUGGCCCAGCACGGAUGUCCUGGGGAGGGACUCCAUGCCAUGCCAUCAGCGGGGCUGGGUGGCCUGGCACAGUUCUACCCUGUCUGCCAGUCUUCCUGCUCCCCCAGCGCGGAGCCCCGGCCCACAUACACCUUCACAACUUGGAAGGCCGUGCUCCAGGUCUUGCCACAGUCCCCUGCCCCUGAGUUUCCAGUUUGAUCCCUGCUGGGGUGUGCAGAGAUGGCUCGGCUAGUUAAUGCUGCCCCCUCUAGUCUCGGGUGUUGCUGGGGGGCGCGGGGUGGGGGAGAGGAGUCAACUUGCUGAAGUGUCAGAGCCAACCCUCCCCCCGGCAGGGGCUUCGGAGCCACCUGUCCCUCACACCCACUGCAGGACGCACUUCACCCGUGGCAAUCUCGGGGUCACUCUGGGACUCACCCUCUUCCUCUCCAGGGCUCCUUUCUCCCUGCUUCCUGUUGCCGCAGAGAUUCUCCCACUCACAGCUCAUAUCUCCUCUGAACACUGAGUCUUUCCAGGAACCUGACAGCAACAACUGCCCACUGUCCCUCUUCCAUGACUUCCAGCUUCUAGACCCAGAGUCCGUCUGCCUCCCUCUGUGGAGAAAGUCGGAAAGAAUUAGCUUCCAGAUCCUUCUAGCCCCUUCUCCAUUCUCAUCCAGCCCUUUCACACUAGAACAAGCAAUACGUCUGAGCUGAACUGCUCGCUGGUCCUUUCUCCAGACAAACCCUCUUAAAGCAAAGUUCUGCCUGGGCCACCAUCCUUGGGGACAGAUCAACAGCCGUGACCAGGGGAGAAAGUUCCAGAAGGCCUGUUCCACAAACUCUGCUUCUGUAUCGUGAAUCCAGUCUGCUUUCCAUUAGCAAACCGCUUCGGCACUUCAGAUCACUUUACUAAAUCUAGUGUUAAGAAGAGAAGAGAAAUGUGUAGGCAAAUGUAAGAUACAUGCUCUCUGUAAGAUAAAUAUUUGCCUUUUUUCUAAAAGGUGUAUGUAUUCUGUAUGUGACAUUGUCUGUAGAGAGUUUCUAUGUUCUUAAACGGCAAUACAUUCCAAAAAUUGUACUGUAGAUAUGUACAGCAGCCACACAUGGAUGGGGUAGUUUGCCUGUAAUUUUAUUUAAAUUCCAGUUUCUACACUUGCAUCUUGCAAUGUCAGUAUGGUGUAUAGCAGUGCAAAAAAAAAAAAAAAUCCACAAAAAAUCCACGCAGGUCUAAAGCACAGAGUGUGGUGUACAAAAGGAGAAAAAUGCUCAGUAUUGAUGUGUGACCUUUGUUGUAAAUUACAUCUGUACUGUGAAUGAGAAGUUUUUACAAGUAUAAUAAUUGCCUUUAUUACAGCUCUGGCUAUGUCCAGCCAGAGCGUAUUUUUUAAAAAAAAACAACAAAAACAAAAACAAAAAAACAAAACAGCACGUUGGAAUAAAUUUGAAGAUCCCAACACA